GAUAGGCCAGAGCGCCGGGGGGCUGCGUUUUGGCUGCCUGCCCUUCGUCCAUAUGGACGCAUCCUUCCAGCCCGCCCCCGCAUCGAUCCAUACGCACCCUACGCCACCGCUCGGGUCUCACGAGGAAGGCUCCGCGCGGCCGGCCCGUUCUGGCUUGGGCGCCUUUUUGAAAAUUCCCCCUCCGGAGCUGUUGGAAGGGGAUGGGGGCGGGGUUGCGCCCGGCCUGGCCGUAUGUCGUGCAUGGGGUUGCCCUCGGCUAUUUGUUUCUUUUCUUUGGCUAGUCUUUUGGGCGGCUCAAUUUCUGCAGGAAAUUGCCUUGGAACGAGUUGCCGGCGCCUUUGCUAGUGCUAUAAAUAUUUAUUUACUUUUUUCGUACUGGUGUAGCUGAUGUUGUUGAUCACAUGCAGCCGGGGGGUACUGUUGUGUUCUACUUCGAACGCGGCCUCGCGCCAUCUUGACGUGACGUUCUGAGCUCUACUGCGAACGCGCCUGCCCCUGCACAUAUCAGCAGCCCCGCAACCUGAUCUUGAGGACUGAAAUUGUGGCUGGCAGAAACGAGGCCCGCAGAGAAUUUGGCUUCAGAGGGCGUUGGCUCGUGCUUGCCAUCUGGUGACUUUCCUUAGUAUUUUUCUGCCGGUAGAGCUGGGGUUUGGAUUUCUUAUUCAUAUUCUCUGUUGGCUGGGGUUUGGAUUUCUUAUUCUUGGGUCUUUCUCUUUUCCUUUUGCCAUGGGCUGGCGACGCCGGGAUUCCAACUACCUAUCUAUGUGGGAGUGAAGAUGUCUUCGUUGAAGCCGGUCGCGACAGCAGUCUGGACGACCCCGCCAGCACUCCUCUUUUCGCCUUUUUUUCGCCUGCUCGAUGUUGGGAUUGAUAUUUUUAGGUUGAGACUUAUAUAGGUUGAGGCUACAGAACACCUACAAUUACAAAAACAACAACCGGAUAAAGCGCUCAGUCUUCAGCCAGUCGGUAUAACUACAUUGAGCAGAUGAAGUAUCCACACGUCGCGCCGCCACCUAUUCCAGUUAGGCUUUGUUUCUUCCUUCGCUUUCCUCACUUUUGACCAAGCAUUAGCAGUUAAGGUCUACUUCAAGAAACGCAAAUAAAAUCUCGCAAUGCGCUCCAGCGACGUGUUGUUGUGUUGUGGAUUUUACAUGGCGUAUGACUGCGAGUGCGAGAGUCUUCUAGAGCUGCGCUCGCUAGCGGCGAAGUCGCGGGCGCUGCGGUCGCUAGGGGGAACCCCCCCUCCCGUACCCC